CAAAAUAAAUAGUUAAUUGGUUAUUUGAACAAAUAAGGUCAUGAAUAUUUAUGCAUAAUGAAAAAUAAAAUUACGUGAAUAUUGUACAAAUGGAUAUACUGUUGUAUACGUAUUGAUGUUAUCAUUUUAACUGAAUAAUGUCUAAAAAAUGUAAUGUUUAAUAAUUUGUACUACAAAAAUUCCAAACUAUCAUUAUUCAUUUUUAUUAGUCAUAACUAUUAACCUUAAACUCAAAAAAAUACAAUUUUCUCUUCAUUUUUAUUAAAAUUAUAAUUUCAAAAUAACUUCAUCAUGAGUAAAACAUUUGUAACGGUAAGACAUUUUUGUAAAAUUAUGAAUUAAUAAAAUUAUAUUUACCUAACCUUAUAAAAUACUUUAUAUUUAAUAAAAUUAUUAUUAAUUUGUAUUCAUUUACCUACAGGCAUCUUAUUCUGACGAACAUCUAUCUGGUAAGUAAACUUUGUAUAUGUAAUCUUAAAUCAUAAAUGAAUGUACUCGCCACAUAAUAUGUGUACCUACUGUAAGUAAUGACUACAAUCUCAUUACCUUAUUUGGGUCUAAUAUGAAACCCGUCCUCAUAAGUAAAAGACAUUUUGUAACAAGGCUAAAAAAUGAGCGUUUUCAUUUAAUUUUGUUAUACAAAUAUCAGUGUAUACGUAUAUUGCAGAGUACCUACAUCUUAAUAAAAACACUUCUACAAAAUGUAUUCUUAUAAUUAUGAUACUGUAAAAGUGAUUACUUCAAUGGACGGUAAUAAUUAUUAUUUCUAUUGUUAUGAUUUUUUUAUGUACAUAUGUUUUUGUUUUUAGAAAUGCAAGAAGCAUUUCAGUUAUUUGAUAUUCGAGGCGACAACAAAAUUCAUAUAUCACAAAUUGGUAAUGCGCUACGUGCAUUAGGACAAAAUCCAACUGAGUCAGAUGUUAUUAAAUUUACUCAACAGCAUAAAGCAGGUAAAUAUUGCUCUUAUUAUUUUUCAUUGUUUUACUAUGUAGAACACAAUGAAUAAUAAUAUAAUAACUAAAAAUAAGUAUAAUGAUGUAAACAUAACUUGUCUAAUUUAAUAAUGAAUUUGAGUAGUGAUUAUCAUAUUUCAAAAUGAUUUAAAGUAAUACCUAAUUAGAAUUUGAAUUGAAACACUAGCUUAAAAAAUUUACGAAUGUUACAAAUUUAACAUCCUUUUAUUAGUGUUAUUGAAACUGUAAAAUUUAAAGAUUAACUAUUAAAAUAUUUUUAUUAAUUAUUUUUGGAGAAAAAAAGAGAACUGGACUUAUUUGUAUUAUAUUAUGUGACAAUGCAUAUACAAAUUAAAAUUGUGUAGUACCUAUGCAGGGUCAUUAAAAUAUCAUGAUACAGUCAAAUUUGCCAUGAAAUCAUUUAUGUAGUGACUUGGAGCGUGACAUUUCAAUAGUACUCGUAUUACUCUUUCCCUACCUAAACUUGAAAGUGGAGUAUCUUGAAGUUGAUAAUGGUGAAUUGACAGAAAUCGAAAUGUUUAACACUAAAAUAUAUUUAAACUAAUACAUCUAUUUACGAAAUUUGCAAUUUAAAUUUCCAUUUGAAUAUUAAAAGUUGGUAGUCGUUUUAACUCCAAAAAGAAACCCAAUAUAAAACUUAGAAUAUAUGAUAACAAAAGAUUUUUUUUUCUAAAUAAUUAUUUCUUAAUAAAUUUAACUAUAUAAUGAAAUGUGAAUAGCCCUUAAUACUUUAUCUUAAUGAAUUUAUUUAUAUCAUGAAAACAUUAAAUUCAAAUUUGUACAACAAUGUACAGCAAUUAAUUUUAGAUUCUGAGUGGAGCGAAGAGCUUAUGGUUUUACAAAGAUGUUUUUUUUUUUUUUUUUGUUCUGUGAACUACUUUUCUACCAGAGAUCUUGCUCUGAUUUUCAUGAGUAGUACCUUUUCUGAAAGAAAAUCGGUAUGGGGAAAUACUUUUUGGAGGCCAUUUUUCGAUUUUCUCAACAAAUGUAAAAAACCAAGAAAAAAUAGGAAAAACAGGAUCCAUUUUAAUUUUGGAAUUUGAAUAAUUGUAAUUUUACCUUAAUAUGACAUAUAUAUUAUUGACACUCAAGCGGAGUUCAACUGAACUCCGCUCAGAUUCUUUUUUUCGUUAGCAAUGGUUUAUCGUGACUUACAGGUGUACAUUAAAUUACUUAUUCUAGCGGUUGCACCCGACCCCAUUAUUCUAGUUUGUCUUUUUGGGAUUAGAAUGCCAUGUAUAUCCUACUGGGCUGUAGACAUAAAUUAAUUAUUUUUAUUUUUACAGAUGAAAGAAUAACGUUUGAAGUAUUUCUACCAAUUUAUCAAGCUAUUUCUAAAAAUAGGUCAUCUAACACUGCUGAGGAUUUUAAUGAAGGAUUACGUCAUUUUGAUAAAGACGGCAAUGGCUAUAUUUCAUCUGCUGAACUGAGACAUCUUCUUACCAGUCUAGGUACUUUUUUUUUUUAACAUCAUAAAGAUUUAAUACUGAAGUAUUAUCAAAAAAUAAUUAAAUUAAAUAAUAAGAAUAUGAAAUUUGAUUCUAAUACUUUUGAAUGAAUAUUUUUUUUAUCAGGUGAAAAACUAACAGAUGAUGAAGUUGAACAAUUAUUGGCUGGACAAGAAGAUUCCCAAGGAAAUGUUCUUUAUGAAGAAUUCAUAAAUAUGGUUAUGUCUGGUUAAUUUUGUAUUAUUUAAAUUUAAUACACAUUAUGAUAUUAAAAAACAUUUCAAUGUUUACUAUUUUACCAGUAUUUAAAAUAUAUAAUUAACAUAAUAUAAUAAUGCAAUUUUGUUAUAAUUUCAAUACUAACCAUUUAUAUGUGUAAGUUUAAUGCAUUUUGUUAUUCUCAUUUGAAAUCACAUUCCAUAAUAGCUAUAAACCUGUCGUGAAUUGGUAAAUUUGUAAUAUUUAUAUUAUAUUUUAUAUUUAUUGUUUUAUUUUUGUAUUGCCAUUGUUUACUAAUCAAAAUAAAUAUUAAUCAUGAUUUUUAAAUAUUUUAUUAUUCUAAGAAUGUCAUAGAAUAAAAUAUAUUAUUAUUGUAAUAAAAAAUGUAUAGUCAAGUCAGUAUAAAAAAAAAACCAAUUACAGUCUUAAGUAGACAAAAGUGAAAACUUCUACUAAUAAAUAUUGAUUAUUGGUUUAAAUUAAACUUAAAAAUGGCAGACCUAAUUGAAUCGGGGUAUGAUAAUAAGCAUAAUUAAUUUUUUAUAUCAUUAUUAUCAGCUUAUAACUAAUAUGUGAUACAAAUAUAAGAGAUUUAAUAUUAAAAGUUGAAAAUGUAGCAUCUAUUGUUGUCCCACCUUUUGUUGCUUCCAAUCUAUUUUUAUUCGUAGACAAACAACGCUUUUUUAAAAAAAAUCUUUUAACAGCUAUGCACUUUAUUUAUUUAUUUUGUAUGACAUGGAUCUCAAACACAUAAUACACUAUUCACUUUCUAACUAUAAUAAUAAAAUAAAAACAGAACAUAAGGUUCUGGUAGCACACAUAUAGCUAUUAAAUAUAUUAUAUAAAUUGUAAAUGCAAGUAAAAUAAAAUAAAUCAACAUAUAAUAAUAUUGUUAUAAAUAGUAGUUAAUUAUAAGUCUAAGUCAAGUUCUAUUAGCCAUUCUAUUGCCUCUUUGGUAGCUUUGUGGAUUCCUUCAGUCCCUUGUUCGAAUAACCUCCUGGGACACGAUUCCACGAUGUGUUUUAUGGUCUGUUCCACUUCCCCACAAUCACACGCUGCACUAUCUUUGUAGCGCCAUUUGAAUAAUAAAGAUCCACAUCUUCCCNUUUGUAACAUGUGAUUUUGUCCACUCUUCAUUCCAUAAUGUACUACUACAAAAUUGUGUGUUGAUUAAGUUCUUUGCUGUUAAGCCAGGUGGUUUUCUGGAUUUUAGUCUAUUUAUCGGUUUAUCCCUUAGCAUUUGGAACAGUAGUGAUCCUUUGUAGUUUAGGCAUGAAGUUAUAGUGUUGACUAGAGCCUCUUUCCUCUGGAUGUGGGGUGGUGCUAUAUUUGUCAGCACUGGGAGCCAAGGUGUUUGGGUUGAAUUUACAUAUUAAUGCAUUGUCUUUAACAUAUUUAAAUAAUGUUUGGAAUUGUUGAAAAACCUCAUUUGAUAGUGGAACAAAUUUUGAAAGCAAUAUUUUCAAUAAUGUGUGCACUGUUACCCCAUUAAUAGCUACUGCCGCCUUUCCAGUGGAUGCGCAUGUUACGUAAGCAUUGCAAUAGUCAUCAGUUUUAGAAAAUUGUUUGUAACAAUUCAUGAUGAAUUUAAUAACAAAUGUCUUACCAUACCCUGCUGGUCCAUCAAAAAUAACUGUAAAGAAUCCUUCUUCAAUGAUAAUGAAUGUGAGAUUAUAUUGAAAAUGAAACUAAACUGUUUUUCAUUGACUGAUCUCAUCAAUUUAAAGAAUACUUUAUUAUCCAUUAAUUAAAUUUUCUCGCUUUUUUGCUAUUGCUAAAAGUUUAUUUAGCUAAUCGCAAAUCUACAAUAGAAACAGCAUUUGGUUCACUGAAUAUUUGCUAAGUAGCUUCAAGAAGUUGUUUUCUCAUAUCUGAAGUUAAAAUUCUGAGUUUCAUCAGUCUUAUAAUAGAAUGAAUAAGACAAUUGCCAUCUCUAAGAAUGUCUGUUUCACAUAUUAAAAUAGCAUUGGGCAUUGAACACGCGUGAAGUUCUUCAUAUAAAGCUACUGGAGUGCAAUCACUAAAACCAUAAUAUUUAAAUAAAUAAACAAUUUUCAAAUUGCAAUACAAAAAGUUAAAAUUACAUACAACUGUAAGACUGUAUUGAUAAUUGAUUGUAAUUUUUCAAAACAGAAAAAUCAUGAUCAUCUUCUUUUAAAGUUUUCCCGCUCAUAUUCCCAGCUUGAUACAUUUUGCAUUCACAAAAAAAUUUUUUUAUUAAGUAAAUACAAAUUAAUUAAAAUUUUAAAAAAAAAUCAUGGGUAAUAUAUGGAUAGAUUAUGAAUAUGUAAAUAUCAUACACACCUUUGUAAAUUGCCAAAAAGGGACCCCUAUGAUUCACUUGUCAAAUUUUUUAUCGCUGUUCAUUUUCUUUUUGACGCUGGGCAUGGGAUUUUUUACGACGCAAUUAGUACGUUAUAUCAAUGGUAACAUUUUUUUGUUACUGAAAAUAUAUAAAUAUAAACAUUCCAUUCCAAGCCAGCAUGAUUUCUAAAGCCCCUUAAUACGUCAUGAAUGUUACUCUACAUAAUGACCUUCGAAUCCCCACCAUAAAACAAACA